UAAAUAAUAUUGUAACACUGAAAAUGUUUUUUUCUUUUUCAGACAAGAAGUGCAAGAUCAUAAAGUACAUUGGAACGCAAACUUCACCUUUCCCUGUAAAAUGAUGGCCAACGCAUCCACGGGCGUGAUGGAACGAUGCGUUCUUAGGAUAUCCAUAAGGAAAGAAUCGAAAGGUGGUCGGUCGUUCAACAAAUUGGGAUUCGUCGAUUUGAAUCUCGCUGAAUAUGCUGGCGCCGGUAUGAUACACAAAAAGGCUCUGUUGGAAGGCUACGAUACAAGGCACCGACAGGACAAUAGUAUGUUGAAAUUCAAGAUACAGUUGAAUAUGAUUUCGGGAGACAUACUUUUUAAAGCGCCAUCUCCGUCCCUGAAACAUAAACCAGUCAAUGUAGAAGAGACGGGGCCGGAGCAGAGAUCGGACGAAUUCUCUAGUGGUUCCUUAGCAGGUUCUAUAGCUAGCGGAAGCUCAGGUUUUGAAUUAGUAAUAGGUCAAACCCUUACGGAAAAUAACGCCCAAGUGUCGAUAGCCCCCGACGCCACCAACGAAUCCCAUCCAGUAUCGUCCCUACCUUCAGCUCUUCCAUAUCUUGACCACGAACCUCAGGAAAUCGCCCUGGGCGAACCAGGACACUCCAGGAACUCUUCGAACACUAGUCAAUUAUCGAAGGCUUCCGGUUAUAGCAGUAUUCAUUCUCAUUCUCAUAGUAGGCAGAGUAGUAGUGGAGACUCUGGACAUAUCAGGAAAAGUGUAGAAAUAAUUACAUUACAACCUUUGCCGUCGUCUUGCAUGCUUGACUUAUAUUCUGUUUAUAUCAGGAACCUACAUAGCAGAUCGGUCCGGGCAAACAACAAACCUUUAAAUAACUUUAAGCUUAACACAUACCCUAAAAAAAUUAACAUCCCUAACACAAUCCAUUCUCCUAAUUGCCGGGCAUUUGCGGCUUCCCUCCCAAAGAAUAUCGCCACUUCCACACCCUCCAAAGAUGUACCUGAUGGGGAACUGAAUUCUAUGUACGGAACUCCGAGGUCUUAUCAAAGUCAGUUAAGUUAUUCUAGUGCCGAUGAAUAUAAGACUCCAGAGGUUUCGUUUAAUCAUAGAUCCGACGUUUUCUCACAAAAUUUCAUCGAAUUGCAAAAAUCGUCGUCCACCUCUGUGGUAGAAAGGAUAAAAUCUAACAUGCUCACAGUCGAGGAUAUUCAACAUCGAAAAUCGGAUACUACGAGUAAUCGAGAACCUACAACAGACAAUCGAUUAAGCCUAACAGAAAUCGAGAAGAAUAGGAGAAACCAAGAAGGAGUGCUGCGUUCCAAAAGCGAAUUCGAAAUACCCAGAAUGCCAGUACAGCCACCUCCGGAGAAAUCGUUCAGUAGCAAACUAUUCAGCUCCGAAAGUUUAUUUUCAUUCCUAACUCCCAGGCCCAAAAGAAAAAGCAUCAGCGAAAACAACAGUCCUCAACAAAGACACAGUCCUCCUAACCUCUUUAAAGUUCCUAAUCCUUUGUUAAAGAGUCUGCCCGAGACUCGUACGACUUCACUGAGCUCGCUACGGUCUGGUCAUUCUGCGAACGAUGGGCUUACUGUACAGCCCGUCAAAAGGAACCCCAGCGCUGGAAGUCUGGUUAUUUCGGAGACAGGAUCGCUAGACAGAGCAAAGGCAGCAUACGAGAGGCGGAAAAAGAAUCAGAAUCAAGAUUCGGACGCGGUGGGAAUACCCGGCAGGGUAGAAAUCACUAGAGUUAAUCCCGACGAUCUCAUCGAGGAAUUAUUGAAAAAUACUAAUCUGGAGCAACCUGAUGAUUCCGCAGAAACUUCAGGUCUUCAACUCUUCAUAGCCAAAGAUGGUACAGCAGCACUAGGCAAUCACGAAGUCAAAUCGCAGAUGUCUACGGGCGUGCAAGGAUUUAAACAAGUAGUAAUGGACAACAGGUAGCCAAAGUAACGACCUCCCGAUUACUCGUGUACUAUUGCUAUUAUAAUAAAUAAUAUUGUUGUUGGUUUCAACGUUCGUCGUUGAAUUUGUAUAAUCAAUCCAUGUUGAUAUUAUUGUUGAUAUAUAAAAACAUACUGUAGCAUAUGUUUAUAUGCGUAGAUAGUAAGAAAUGACGUUAUUUUGGCAUUUUACUUAUUGUAUAUCGUAAUUUUGUACUCGUACUACGAGAAAAUUGCAAUAAAUAUAGAAAAAUGACAAUUAUGGUAAAUGAAAAAUCUGCAAGAAAAGUAUCACUAACAUUUAUUAUAUGACUUUUUUGAUUUUAUGUUGAUCACACGAUGUUUCUCUCACUCUUCUUCAAAUCCGCUUUGAUCAGGAUCAGGAUUCAGACAGGGUGACACUAUAUCACCCAAACUAUUCAAUCAAGCUUUGGAAGACGUUAUGAGGAAAUUACAAUGGGACAAAACAUUCAUUCCUCUUUUGCAUCAGAUUUUCAGUUGCUUCUUCAUUAUUCAAGAACGACAUCAUCUGCAAAGUGAUAGUAGUGGGAUGUUAUAAUUCAGAAAUUUGAAAUAUAUAAAACAAAGUAUUAGGACUGGGCAAAAUAUGAUACCUUGUGGUACUCUUGCCCUAAAUUCAUUUAAUCGUGUGUAGAUGUCUUAGAUAUCAAUAACACGAUACAACAAACAUUUUCUGGUUAUGAUUCUUUCUAAUAACGAUUUGUUAUUCCGAUAUGUUUUCUGAUAUUUUCUCUAAUCCCAAAUUGAUGAUUUAGCAAACGAUCUUUCUUUUCUAAUAUUCUUUUUAACUUCUUUAUUAGACUUUUUAACGACUUAUUAAGCAGUGAUUCUAUUCAAUAGAUACUACAUUUUAAGCCUUCCAUAGUUCAAUGAAAAUGAUUAUUUCUUUCUAAAAAUGUUAGUGGUAUAAUUCUUGCUGGAGUUUAUGAUACCUUUGAUAAAUUUAAGGUAAUAUAACUAUGAAAAUGGCACAUUUUCAGCAAUAUAUGGCGAUUCAACUUCUUUUAUAUUAUUAUAAAAGAUUAUAAAAAAAAAUGCUGUUAAAAAUUAAUUGUCUGCCAUAGAAACAAAUUUUUGGCGCCAAUGUUUGUAUAAUAAUAUAUAAAAAGAGUUUGAUUGUCAUAUAUACUAGAUAAGAUAAAAACAUUGUUGAAAAUUUGUCUUUUUUUAGACGGUAAUAGUCCCUUAAAUGUUUUUCUUUUGUUGCAAACAUAAAUAUUAUAAUACUUUUACUUAUUGACUAUAUCAAAAUGCCGUAAGCUAAAAAAUCUUAUUUUAGAACCAAUUCUAGACUAUAAAUGUCGAAAUAACGUCUACAAUUAGCAUGAGAGUAUUAUUUAUUGAGAUUGUACAUUAUAUAGAAAUUUAAGCAUACAGAUUGGAGUGUAUACAAUUUUUUACUGCGUUGUAUAGUUAUUGAAGAAAUCGAGUUGUUCUUAUCGAUAUCAAUAAAUUUAGUUGUUAUUAAUAUUGGUUUUUGUAAUGACAAUAUUGCAAAUUAAACUGUUAAUACAUCACAAUGUGUUAUGUGGAAGGUUUGCUCAUAUCAGUUGUGAGG